AGCGAAAUACUCCACGGUGAGAGCAAGGGAUGAAAAAGUGAAGUAAUCUCUCCGUCGUCUCGUCUCCUAAUCUCCGACAGCCCGACUGGAAUCCAUGAGCGGGGCCGGCGCUGCGCUGGCCUCUUCGGCAUUGGACCUCCGCGGGGAGGACAGGAGGGCGGAAUGGCUGCGCUUCUACGAUCGGGUCGAGGCGCAGGUGGAGGCGCUGGCCGCCGACCGCGCGCAUCUGGAGGCGGCGAGGGGUGAGGGGGAGGAAGCCUGCAGGGUGAUACUUCCAGUGGACAAGGCCACGCUCGCCGAAGCCCAAGAGGGUGAUCUGGAGGAUGUCAGAGCUUGUAGAGGUCUUCUUGCCCUACCAAGCACUGACUCUAAGGAAGUUCAAGAUCGUCUAGAGCUUGGUGAAGACACUGGGGAUCAUGAGCACAGUGUAAAAGCGUUGAGGGCAAACCUUAGAAAACUAAAGGGAGCUUUUGAGACCCUGAUGUCAAAGAGCGAUAAGGAUAUUUAUUCAGUAAAAGUUGUUCUUUUGAACCAGUUGAAGACAAUGGAAAAGGACAGCACGCUCUUUGAGAACAAGAAACUAGAGGCAGCACAAGCUACUGAAGAAGCGAAGAAGCUUCAGCAGAACGUACAGGCGCUGCAGGUCGCAACCCAAAACAAGGACAAUGAGAUUGGCAGACUCCAAGCAGAAUCUCUCGUGGCUCAACAGAAGCUACGUGAAAUGGAUUCCUUGCUGAAGGAGAAAAAUGAAAGUAUUGAAAAACUCCGUGCGGAAAAUAUUGGAUUACGUGCUGUAAAGGAUUUUGUUUGGAGCCAGUUCCAGAUAAAGGAGCAGGAGCUGCUGGACCACGCCAUGCUUCUGAAGAACAAGGAAGUGGCGGCAGCACAAGCUACUGCGCAAAAGCUAGUAAAGGAGAAUCGCACGAUGGGAGCAGAAGUUGUUGAUUAUGGAAACAAGUUAAUGAUUCUAGAGGAGAAGCUAAAGGAGACGCGCUCCUUGGUUAAGGAGAAAGAUGACGAAAUCCAAAAACUCAAAAAUCGCCAACCUGAGACCACGAGUCUGAAGCGCAAGUGCGCCUCUUCCCUGUCAAAUGAGACUAGUAAAAGGCGCAGGAGGGAUAUCAUUGGGAUGCAUAUAUCUUCUAUUUGGCGAUGCAGGUCCGGCAGACAGUGUUUUGGACGUCGCACAAUGCAAAUCUUUGUCAAGACCACAAAUAGCAGGACUUACACUCUUAAGGUCAAGAGUUCAAGUACGAUCAGGGAUGUUGAGGGCAGAAUCCGUGAUGUUGAUCACAGCCUAGACUGCUUUCGUCUCAUCUUUGCUGGCAAGAGGUUGGUGUAUGAGCGCACGCUGGCAGAUUACAACUUUAAGAAUUUGAGCACACUAGAACUUGACCCUCGCCUUCGUAUAUCUGUCAAGACGCUGACUGGCAAGAUCAUUGAUAUUGCUGUUUGGAGUUCAGAUACCAUCAAGCAUGUCAAGGUGAUGAUUCACGGUCAGGGUGUAAUGCCUUGGUAUGAGCAGCGCCUCAUCUUUGCCGGCAAGGAGCUGGAGGAUGGCCGCACCCUUGCAUAUUACAAAAUUGAGAAUUCAUGCACUCUCGAGCUUGUCCCUUGGCUCCAUAUCUAUGUCAAGACGCUGACCGGCAAGACCAUUAAUUUUGCGGUUUUGAGUUCAGACAAGAUUGAGGAUGUCAAGGCGAUGAUUUAUGGUCUGGAGGGCAUUCCUUUGUCUACGCAGCGCCUCAUCUUUGCCGGCAAGGAGCUCGAGGAUGGCUGCACCCUGGCGGGCUAUGGCAUUCAGACUUUCAGCACGCUUCACCUUGUCAUGCGCCUGAGAGGGGGUAGAGUGAUCCGCAUCAAGACGCGGACUGGCAACACCAUUUUCCUUUCAGCGGUUGGGAAUAACAUCACGAUUGAGGAUUUCAAGGCCAUGAUUCACAAGAAAGAGGGCAUUCCCCCGUCGCAGCAGCACCUCUUCAUUGCCGGGAAGCCGCUGGAGAACGACCGCACCCUGGGGAGCUACAUCAGCCAUGAUUCCGACAUCGACAUUGACCUUUUGUGUUGGCGCGCGCCGCUGCCUGGUCGGAUUGUGGACAGGGCGCGUAGGUUGCGGAAGAAGCAGGAGCUUGGGCACGGCUGUCUGUAAUGUGGCGUGGUCCAAUUUGUCUGAGUGGAGUCUAGGCGAAGUCGAACUGUUAGUUAGAAGCCUCUAGUAGUUGUGUGAGAAGUCGCCCACAUGCAGUUAUUUUCACAUCGGAAGCCGGAAAUUUGAGUGGGCUGCUAGUGCGAAUUUGCAAUGUGGCUUCCUCCAUGUUGGCGUGUCUGUGAAGGGCUGCACAUCUGGGAAAGAAUUCCAAGCGUUUAUCACAAUUUC